GGGGAGGACCCGGCCGUCAAGACCGGGACCCAGCCGAUGGACGCGUGGCUCGAGCCGCGGGAGACGGCCCCAGAGCUGCGCGCGAGCAGCAAGAGGGCGUGGCCGCUCGUCCGCGCUGGCCUGACCAGGGCUGGCCCCAGCCGGCGAUGGAGCAGGGUACGCGGGCCCAUCGGGACCAUCCGAGCCAACCUCCUGGACAUCGGCUGGGAAGCGAGGACGGCCACGAUGUGGGCACGACCAGAGCAUGGCGGACGAUGGGAGUGGCAAGCCUCCCUCCAGGACGGGGCUGAUCACACCGAGUGGCACGUGGUCGAGGUGGACUCGGAGGCGUUCGGCUCCGUCAGCGACCACCAGGCGCUGCUCCGCGGGGAGCUGAAGGCGGGCGCGGACGUCCACCUCACCAGGCGCGAGCUGCAGCGGCGGGCGCGGAGAGGGGAGUGGGCCAGCUGGAGCAGAAAGAUGGCG